AUGCGUUCCAAGUUCAAGGACGAGCACCCCUUCGAGAAGCGGAAGGCGGAGGCUGAGCGCAUUCGCCAGAAAUAUGCUGAUCGGAUUCCUGUUAUCUGCGAGAAGGUUGAGAAGUCGGACAUCGCUACCAUCGACAAGAAGAAGUACCUCGUCCCGGCCGAUCUCACCGUGGGUCAGUUCGUCUAUGUGAUUCGCAAACGCAUCAAGCUCUCCCCGGAGAAGGCGAUCUUCAUCUUCGUGGAUGAGGUGCUGCCGCCCACCGCCGCGCUCAUGAGCAGCAUUUACGAAGAACACAAGGACGAGGAUGGCUUCCUUUACAUCACGUAUGUCCCCUGUCUCAUCUCUACCCGGCCUGUUCGGCGUGAGAGCAUGAUGAAGAUGUGCGAACAUCAUGCUGAUGAGUUGAAUUUUAGAUACUCUGGCGAGAACACCUUUGGCGACCUUUGA